AAAUAGUAUUAGGGUGUUUAAAUUACAUUUGUUUGUUUAUUUUUAAUCCCGAGUGCCUUGUUUACACUUAAAUAAUGGAUCUUUAAAAACAAAUAGACUUAGGUCUGUGAUAAUAAGACAAUGGUACUGAUAUUCUUUUGCAUCUGUUUGAUGUUGUCGCUGAUGUUUUGUUCAUAUAAAGCGAGGUCAAAUGUAAUUUGAGGACUUGUCUGUUAAUCCAGAUAUUUGUCAGUGUUAUUAUUUGUCCGAUAUGAGAUGUGAUGGAGGGGUUUACAGACAGAAGAAACUCUAAAACUCCUGGAAGUUUUUCAAUAUCAAAAGGAUAUCCAGUGGAGCCAUGGCACAGUACUCCUGUAAAAAAGAAUCUUUUUGCUGCUUAUGAGACCCCAGAUGUUUCCUCCACCAAGCUCCAAGAUGAAAACAGAACGAGACCAGCACCACUGAGUUUGCAAGAUCUCUCAAAACCAUUGUCCUCUUUUUCAUUAACGCAGAACUUCCAGACACCAGAUAAUGGGUUGGAGGUCUCCACCAUGCAGAGGCAGCGGCUGGAGCUGCAGCUUCUCAUAGCAGAAUUAAAGGACCGCGACCAGGAGCUCAAUUCUAUGGCAGCUGCCCAUCACAAGCAGCUGCUGUCCUGGGAGCAGGACCGUCAGAGAGUGCUGAUCCUGGAACAGAGAUGUUCCCGAAUGGAGGAUGAGCUGGAGAAGCGUAAUGAGGUGAUCAGAACUCUUAGUAGGCGGACGAAGGUGGCGGAAGCGAGAGAGAAAGACUCGCACAGAGAUCUCAACACCACCCAACAGCAACUACACGAGCUGAGCCGGAGACAGAUGAACAACAGCAGACAUGAGCAGGACUUGGAGGAGAGGAACCAGAGUCUGAACUCCACAGUCAUGAUACUGUCAUCACAGGUGGGGCAGCUGAAGGUGCGCGAGGAAGAGCUCAGCUCCAUGCUCAAACUGAAGGAUAAAGAUGUGAUUGAGGCCACAAAUCACAUUUUAGAGCUGUCUGGUCGUCUUUGUGACCUAGAGAAGUCAAUUGAAGAGCUGCGGACACGUGAGAGCAAAACGCAUCGAGAAAUGGAGGAACACAAACACCGAUUCAGAGAGGGCAGACAUGAAAACACACAACUAAAAGCUGAGCUCCAGGAAAAAAACAUUGAGAACAACAGCCAGAGAGAAGAACUCAUCCGCUUAAAGCAGGAAAACCAGCUGCUGAAGAAGGAGAUCACUGCUGUUGAAUUUCAGAGGAUGAAUGAAGAUAAAAGCUGGAGGGAUGAAUUACUUGAACUAUCCCGAUCAAAACAAGCCCGAGCUGAAUCUGAGCUGGUCUGUCUGCGGCAGGUGUGUGAAAACCAACAGAAUGACCUCCAGCUGUUGAAGCUGAACUUGGAGAGCGCCAGAGAGGCACUCCGACAUCAUGAGGGUCAAAGGUCACGUGAGAGGGCUGAUUCUGGUUUAGGAGACAGUCAUGUGCUAGAAUACAGUGAUCAUCAAGGGACAGAACUAGAAACAGGGCUAAUGUCCACACUGUGCCACAGCUCAAGCAAAAAUGCCCCAUCGGUUUUAACGCAGCAUCCUUGUGUCGAAAUGGAAACACAGACUGACUUUGGCUCAACUUUGAGCGCCACGAUCCAUGAAGUCGCAGAACAGUCAGCCAUAGAGGAAAGCUGCUCCGGCACCAACAGCGUUAGGAACACCUGUACAACUUGCCGGUGUGAUGUCAGUGAACAAGAGUCAGCCAAGAUGGAAAUGAAGGAAAGAGCGAAGAACUGUGUUGAGUUGUUAAUCCAGUCCGCUCCUCCAGCUCUCUGCUGUGAAAGCGCUAACAGCCCAUCAGAAGCUCCACAGAGUCAGGCAGUAUAUUCGGAUGCUAGAGCCGACGUGGAUGUAAUGGCUGUCAUUGACUAUGAUGCAGAGACAGGAACUCCUGUCUGUGUUGUUGAUGUGGAUAUCAAUCCAAGGUUCUCUUGCGCAGCAGAUCUGAGCCUUCACCUGGAUUGUCCCUCCCCCUCUAACCAUAGUAGGCGGAGCUCUGUCAGUUUACCCGAUUCUACAAUAAGUAUUGAACUCCAUGGCAAUGAGGAUUGUUACAGCUCAUCCACAAGCCGUUUACAGCGUCUGCUGGCUGAAUCUCAGGAAAUGGUGGCAAGUUUGGAAAGCUCUGCCAGGAAAUCUGUCAGCCCAGUGAAAUCUCAAAGCCCCACAAACUGCAAUGCUGGUUGUCACCUCCAAAGUAACCAUGGCUAUGGCAGCCACUCCCAAUCCUCCACCCAGAGCCAAGAGGGAAGCCAACCAUGCAGGGAUAGUGACUCCCAGAUCAAAAGCAGCGCACAUUUGCUACAAGGAAGCAAGUAAUCCAUAGAGCCAGGAGAACCGGCGGAUCCCUGUUCAUCUUCUCUUCCUGCUUCUGAAAAAUAAAUCCAUUUUUGGCAACCAAA